UAGAUUUAGCGGUAUAAAAAGCGAUCGCAGUUCUGCAGUUCGGUACAGUCGGUGCUUCAAACGCAGCUUGAGAGCGUCUUCUCCACAGAAACCGUCCGCACUUUCAUUUCGCGUCUUUAGUCGCACCAGUAAACUACCACUCUUUGCCACAUCAUGAAACUGUUCGUCGCCAUCGCUUUCGCCCUGCUGGCCCUUGCCGCCGCCCAGGAGCAGUACACCACCAAGUACGACGGUAUCGAUCUCGACGAGAUCCUGAAGUCGGACCGUCUGUUCAACAACUACUUCAAGUGCCUGAUGGACGAGGGCCGCUGCACCCCGGACGGUAACGAGCUGAAGAAGAUCCUGCCGGAAGCGCUGCAGACCAACUGUGAAAAGUGCAGCGAGAAGCAGCGCAGCGGUGCGAUCAAGGUGAUCAACUACGUGAUCGAGAACCGCAAGGAGCAGUGGGAUGCUCUGCAGAAGAAGUACGAUCCGGAGAACCUGUACGUCGAGAAGUACCGCGAGGAGGCCAAGAAGGAGGGCAUCAAGCUGGAAUAAGCGUGAUUAGCGGGGGUGAUGUAAGCGAUCGAUAUGGCGAUCGCUUUGUGAUACUUGUUUGUUGAUGUUAUCUCAAAAAUAAAUGUGAUAAAAAUUUGGCUCUAAAA